AUGGGUAAUUAAUGUUGUGCAACAAACGAUAAAAAUGCAAUUGAUUAUGCUCAUGCUCCUAAAACAAGCUAUGAAGAGGCAAAUAAUAUGGACGAUUAAUUUAAAAAGAAAUAAAUACAUGCUAAAGUAUAAUUAGAAUAGAAUGAAAACGAAGAAAAUGAAUAAUAAGUAGAUGAUAAAAAAUUCAAAAGAGAAUUAAAAACUUUAAGAUUAGCCCUAGAGAAAGCUGAGACUUUCAAACAAAUUGUUGAGAACGCAAAGAACUUAACUUUUAGAAUAUAUGAACUAGAACAAAUAAUAAACUACUUUAGUAAAACUAUGAUUACUCCACCUCAUAUAUUGAAUGUGAAGUCUGAUUUGAUAGGACUUUAUGGAGAUUUGUAGAAUUUUAGAUCCUUCCAUUCUCGUUUUACCUUAGAUAUGUCUUAUUAUGAACAUUUGGAUACUAUUACUUAACUUUUAAAAUUUAUAAAGAGUUUAAUUUCAUCUGAUUCUAAAUACAAUGAUAAAGGAGUUAUUAAUUAUUAAUAAUUAGUUUUCGAUUUGAAUAGUAAUUAAUAAUUUGACUAACUUUACAACAAUAUAAAACCUUUAAGAAAUGCUUAAAAUAAUAUUUCUGGUACUAACUUUUCCACUUUGCCGAAUUAUUUGUACUGUUGUUUAAAGGAAAAGAAAGGUUUUAGUUUAUGGGAAUAAAUUCUUCCUUAUUAAUUUGAAGUUUCUAACAAGGAAUUCGUAUAAGCUUAUACUGGAUUAAAAUACAAAGGAGCAUUAGACACAAAUAAUUUGAGAACCGGACAUGGCUAAUUAAUUGAUGAUGAUUAUGAAUUCUAAGGCGAAUUUAAGGACGAUUUACCACACGGAAAUGGUAUUGAAACGAGAAAAAAAGUAAAAUAUGAAGGAGAAUUUAAGGCCGGAUUUUACCAUGGACAUGGUGUUUUGAAUUUCCCUAAUGGAAGAAGUUAUACUGGAGGCUUCUAAAAUCACUAAUUUCAUGGUCAAGGAACCUUAAUUGGAGAUGAUGGAACUAUAUAUGAAGGAUAAUGGAUUAAGGGAUAACUUUUUGAUGGAUUAAUUAAAUAUCAUGAUGGAUCUUAUUAUGUAGGGCAAAUUAAAAAUAACUUCUUUAAGGAAGGAAAAGGAAUCUUUUAUAACCAGGAUGGCUUUUUGAUGUAUUAGGGAGAAUUUUAAAACUAUAAUAUUACUGGAAAUGGAAGCAGGUUUUAUUAUGAUGGAAGCGUAUAUGAAGGGGAUUUGGAAAGAGAUAAGAAAUAAGGAAAAGGAAAUGCUAAUUAUAAAGAUGAGUCUAUGUAUUAGGGAGAAUGGGAAAAUGACUUUUAAUCUUUAGGAACUUAUUACUAUAAUAAAAAAAAUCUGAAUAAUUUUUAUACUGGAUAGUGGCUUAAUGGAAUUUAAAGCGGCAAAGGAAAAUACGUUUACCCUUCAGGAGGUGUAUAUGAAGGAGAAAUCCUUAAUAAUAAAAGACAUGGAAAUGGUAUUUAUAAAUAUUCGAAUGGAAAUAUUUAUGAUGGAUAAUGGAUAGAAAAUAACUAAUAAGGAGAUGGAAAAUUCAUGUUUUCUUCUGAGAGUGACGGAAGCGGGGAUAUCUAUAUGGGAUAAUUCGAUAAAGGUAAAUUCUCAGGUUUCGGACAUUAUAUUUAUAGAAGAUCUUAGAAAUAAUAUAUUGGUAUUUUUUUUUUUUUAUAUAAAUAUAUUUAUAUUUAAAAUAUUUAGGCUUAUGGAAAAACGAUUAGUGGGAAGGUCAUGGUAAAUUCUUAAAUGCUGAUGGGUCUAUUAUUAAAUGUGGAGUUUGGAAAUGUGAUAAAAUAGAAAGUUUGCUUGAAGAAAAGCAAAUUUAAUUCCCUGAUGGUUGGUAAAAAUAUUAAAUUUAAGAUGCUUAAAGAAUUUUCUAAUAAGGUUAGUAAACUUAAGUAAAUGGUUAAGAAAUGCCUUAAUAAUAAAGUAAGUGAUAAAAUAUUCUAAAUAUGA